UGACUGCAGAAGAUCACACCCUGCAGUUUUGUGUAUCACUUCAUUUUUCAGUUGCUCCCAGAGAGUAAUCAUUCCUGGUGAAGCCAUUCGUGUGCAGACAAGAGACAAGAAGACUCUUUUAAAAUGUGGGCUACAAGAAAACUGCUUCUUGCUGCGUUCAUUUUCACAGUUCUCACCUUCAAAGAGACAGCAGAGAGCAAAAAAGUAAGCCUACUGGACCGGGCCCCUGAUGCUGUAGAUGACAUGUACAAAGGAUGCCGAGAAGAGGCAAUGGAGAAGUUAAUCAAUUCAGAGCUGUUAACACAAGAGCUGGAGCGUGAUGAGAGAUUCAAGAAAGCAUGGAGUGAAAAUAACGGGUGUUCAAAGCUGAUUUCUGGAGGAACUAGAGAGCACACUACUGCACUUUCAAUUAUGGCAAAUGGAGACGCAAAAUUUACAAAGACCUUUAAUGAGGCUGUGAAGACGAUGGGUGUAAACGCUAGCACGUAUGAAAACUCCUUCCAUUUCAAGUCUCUUCACUUCCUGCUCAUGGAUUCAUUGAAGCUUGUACAAAAUCUGAACGAGAAGAAGUGUAGGACUGUGUACUUUAUCACAGAAGAAAAAAUCUCAGCAGAAGUCGGCUCUGAGGUGAGAUUUGGAGGGUUCACCAGAGUUUCGAAGAGCUUCGAAAACACUGAUCCGCACGGGCUAGUCUUUUUUAACAUUACCUCUUGCUUCUCUGUUAACCUGGGCGAGACUGUUUGCGGAUUUGAGGAGGAUUCAGAUAUGGUACUGUUAUCUCCAGCUGAAGUGUUCAUUGUGAAGAAUGUGAAUGAAGUAAAUGACAAAGUCAAUGACGAAAAAUACACUGAGAUCGUUCUGGAAAAACCAAAACUCGACAGCUCGCACAACUGUUACAUUUUCUCAAGGUCUCCAGCUGAUGUUUCUGCUCAGUGGCUCGUGUUGGUACUUGUGGUUUUGACUCCUCUUUUUUAGCCUAGAACUGUUCAAUCAGGAUCUUGGGCUGCUCUGAGUCUUAUUACAAUAAAAAGCACUGCUGUGUUAGUACAUUUCAACAAUGAACAACUGCAGACCGACGUGCUGCUUGCUCUUCUCUCCUGCAUACAUAUGUAAUCAAACUGCUUUUUACAAUAUUCAAUAUAGGCUGAAGCAAAAUAUAUCAACAUAGUCCUAUAUGAAAAACAGUCAUUUUUUAAAUCUGGUUACUUAAAGGGGUAUUGUAUGCUCUUCUUAUAAUUUACCUCAAAAGAAUGACAGAAAAUGAGUGUAAAUAAAUAAGGUUGUCUGUAUUUUAACUGCAGAAAUAUGAGACUUUCAGCUGAUCACAUCAGCUCACAUGAGCUGAGCUUUAAGAAUAUAUGAAGAAAUAAACUGCUUGAACUGUAA